AUGCAGUCCGGAAUCUCAGUCUCCCAAGAACUCCAAACAGCCUUCACAACCUUCACAACAGACACCACCCUCUUCUGCCUACCAGUGACGAUCCAAUCAGAGCGCCUGACCCCGCUCGCCGCGCUCCCCUUCACCUCGACCAGCAACCCAGAAACCGCCUUCUACGCCUCCCUCCCGCAACUCUCUAGCGUCCUCGAGCCCAAAACCCCCAUCUACCUGCUCCUGCGCCGGCCCGCCGGAACAUCCGGAAGCCAUGAGCUCCUCGCCCUAACCUACAUCCCGUCGAACGCAGGCGUGCGCGCCAAGACGCUCUUCGCCGCGACGCGCGCCACGCUGGCGCGCGAGCUCGGCACGGAGAAGUUCGCCGCCACAGUGUUUGCCACGGACGAGGACGAGGUGCUUGGUGAGGAGGCGUGGCGGGAGCGCGAUGCCGAGCGGAACAAUAAGGGCUCGGGCUCUGGAGACGGGGCCGGUGGGUUCCGUAGGGAGGAUCUGAUGGGUGAGAAGGAACGGGAGUUGGAGGCCGUGCGGCGGGCGGAGGAUGAGGCCCGGAAUGGCACGCCCAGUCGUGAUAUUGGGAUCGGGGGCACGUUUCAGCGUGGGAACCCGUUUGGAGGCGCCGGCGGCGGUGCGUCCGGUAUGCGGAUCCAGAUGCACGUUGAUGAUGAGGUUAAGGGGGCUUUGGGAGCGCUACAGCAGGGUGGGUUGGUGCAGUUGGCCAUCGAGGUCAAGUCUGAAGCUUUCAAGGUGGCGGUCGUGGAGUCCGGCGUAGACGCGAACUCCGUCCAGUCGCACAUCCCGGAUUCGUCGCCGCGGUACACCUUCUAUCACUAUCCGGACUCGGACGCCGUCAUCUUCAUCUAUACCUGUCCGUCGGGCUCGUCGAUCCGGGAACGCAUGCUGUACGCCAGCUCCCGCAUGCACGCGCUCGCGAUGGCGGAAGAGCAGGGGCUGAAGGUCUCCAAGAAGAUCGAGGCAUCCUCCCCCGACGAGAUCUCCGGUGAGAGACUGCAAGAAGAGGUUCGCCCGCCACAGGGCACCGGACCCAGCCGCGGCUUCGCGAGACCGAGACGGCCCGGCCGGUGA